AUGGACGACGACUCCGACGGGGCUUCCCCGCGCAACGACACGCUCAGACACGAGCUUUUGGACUGGUUCGACCUGAACACCUAUGAUGGAUUCGAGGAUGCGUUGUACAGGCGUCAGGAAGAGUUCCUUCGCCUCGCCCGCGUCCGUCACGGCAAAAUCAUGGCGUCUGUACCCCUUGGAUCCCAUCACAUCCCCGUGGCCGAACUCGUCGUCAUCAAAGACAUGCUUGCCUACAGUAAAGAAAUUCAGCAUCUGCUCGACAUCUCCCAGCUGUUCCAAAUCCGCAUCGCCGUUCACAAUGCCAUCAGUCGCAGCCAGGCCGUCCUUCGACCAGACUUUCGACGCUCCGUGCGUGCUGCCAUCGAGACGGCGGCCCGCUUGUUUACCCAGAAUGUCAUUGAUGCACAAGUCGAGUCCACGAGCAACAUGCCCCUGCCACCUCCUGGUCGUCCACUUAAGUACUGCGACAUGCCUAGCUGCAACACGAUCUUCUUGACGGGUGUUGCAGACGACACUGUUCUCAGUCCUGGUGCAUGGGUGGUCGGCUGUCUGACGCCGCAUCAUCAAAUCAUUGAUGCUGAUGAGUAUGUGGCUUGGGCUUGGGGGAUGACAAAAGCGGACUGA